AUCUCUAAAAAAGGAUGGAUUCUACCAGGUCAACAUUCUCAAUUCUUUAAUAUCACACCUGUAAACUAUACGCUUCAAUUACAAGCUAUGACAGCUGAAAAACUUGAAUUCAAUUUACCUGCUGUAUUCACCAUUGGACCAAAGGAUGACACACCAUCUUUAGAAAAAUAUGCUAAAUUAUUAUCAUCAAAAGAUAAAAAUUCAGAACAUGUUAAGGACUUGGUUAGAGGUAUUCUUGAAGGUGAAACUAGAGCUAUUGCUGCAGGUAUGACUAUGGAAGAAAUUUUUCAGGAGAGAAAAGGUUUUAAAGAUAAACUCAUUAAGAAUGUUCAGGCUGAGUUGGAACAGAAAACUCAUGAAGGUGCCAUUAAUCAAGCCAAAGUAGAAGUUGCCGAAGCAAAGUACAAAGGUGACGUCGGUUCUAAGCUUCGAGAAGGUUUAACUCGACAAGAAACGUCAAAAAUUGAAGCUGAUGCUGUCUUGGUAGAAAAUGAACGAAAAGUAUCCAUUGCUCAAGCCGAAAUGAAUUUAUCUACCAAAAAAUCAGAAUACUCACAGCAAGCUAAGAUCACUGCUAUCGAAGCUGAUCAAGCUGCUAAGAUGCGACAAGCUGAACUUGAAAAAGAAGUUGAAGAACGUCGACUUUUAUCAGAAACAGAACGUCUUAGAGUUCAAAAUGUUACAAAAGCCACUGCUGAAUAUGAAGCGGCAAAAGCUGUCGCCAAUGCUAAAUUAUAUUCCGUACAAAAAGCUGAGGCUAUACUAUAUAGGAAACAAAAAGAAGCAGAGGGAUUAUUAGCUGUCUAUAAUGCUCAGGCUGAAGGUAUAAAGAAUUUAAUGCAAGCGUUUGGUGGUGACAGACAAGCUGCAAUCCAAUAUCUAAUGAUUGAAAAAGGUAUAUAUCAACAAUUGGCCAAAGAAAAUGCACAAGCUAUUCAAGGACUCAACCCGAAAAUUACUGUUUGGAACACUGGAGAUGGAGCUACAAAUACCGGAAAUAAGUUUACCACCAUUGUUGUCCACUAUUCAAGAUCAAACUGGAAUUACACCCCUAAUUGGAUAGCUCAGAUGACUUCUUGCUAG